AUGGCAGACCGUUCAAACAUAUCGUCGGAUCUGAUCUGGGAGAUUGCUCGAAAUCAAAAUGCAUACCUCGUCAAACGAAGAAACGGCAGCCAUGCCUACUAUUUCUCGCGUGAUCCUCUAAAUCUCGUCAACCAGCACAGCCGUACACACGCUGGGUUCGUCAACGAGAAGGCUGUCGGUGUUCAUGCCGGGCCAAAUGGUGAAGGAGUGACCUUGAUGACCAAGAAGGCGAAAAAGAAUGGCAAUGGACCGGCUAGCAGCAUGAAUACAGUCUCUUGGGGCAAGGGGACGCCUGGCAGGAAGAUUUACAAGGGAAUCGCGAACUACACCGCCAAAAACGGCUACCGAUCUGACCUGAGGGGUCCUGCUGUUUCGAGAGCCAGUGCUAUCCGAGGCUCACAGAAGGCUAAGAAGGAGACACCAGAGAAGAAAUUGAGAGGCUCGAAGGCCAAGAAGGCUGUGAAGACUUGA